GGCUGGGGAAACCUUACCCGUUUUCACAAGAUUUGGGGAAUGAUUCAGCCUUUUCCUUGCAAAGAAAGCUGCUAAGAGAGCUGCUGUAGUCAUUAAAUUCUCUGCUCUUCUUUCCGAAUCUGUUACCUGUUUGGAAUCUUCCAAAACAGUUGCAGAUCAACCAGAAUUAGAAAUCGGAAUUAGCUUUUCGUGAACUUUAUGUUAUCGGCACCGGUUUUGUAUUUUAUGUGAUAGCAGUGGUCUGCCAGGAUUAGGGCCUGCCUCUGUACUGUGCCUGAGAGGCACAGACAUACCUUCGAAUGUUGCUUUGCAGAACCUUUCUGAGAUUGUAUCAGAAUGGAACGUGAGUGUAUGGAGAAGAUCAACCAUUACUGUCAAAAGCAUAAACUUACACUGGUUUAUGCCAACGUCAGGAUGACCGGCCCGCCCCAUGAUCCCGAGUUCACAGUUGUGGUUAAAAUAAAUGAUGUAGAAUACGGUACGGGCACUGGUAAAAAUAAGAAGGAAGCAAAAGCAGUAGCAGCAAAAAAUUCCUGGGAAAUGAUUGAGAAACAGAUGGAAAGUGAAGAGUCUAAAUUCAAUUCUCCAUCUAGCGAACAUGGUAAUUCCCCUCGAGUGCCAACUCCGUCUGACUCGGACAGUAGUUGCUGUAGAGACUCGGCUGCAGAGUUGGUAGAAAAAAUGAAAGACGUGGCAGUAUGCGAAAAGCCUUCACCUUUUCAGGGAAACGCACCAAGAUUAGCUCCGAAACAUCAAAGAAAAAUGGCAGCUAACUUUGAAAAUGCAAGAAACAAGGAAGAGAAAAGAAAGAUGUCAGACUUGGAUGAAAGUUUGCCAAGUUUGGACACAAAUAGCAGUGAGGAGAAUGGAAGUCCAUACACAGUGAAUAAAAGAUUUCUUGACAGUUUUAAGAACAUAGAGCCUAUUGGUGAAGGUGGCUUUGGGAAUGUUUUCAAAGCAACAGCAAAGCUUGAUGAGAGAACCUAUGCGGUCAAACGGGUUGACUUCACAAACAACGUAAGGCGUGAAGUAAAAGGACUUGCAAGACUUGACCACGAAAACAUAGUGCGGUAUUACUGUAGCUGGGAAGGCUACGACUGUGUAAAACAUUCAGACUCAAGGCAGAAGUCGGCUGAAAACAUUCGCUGUGUUUUCAUCCAAAUGGAGUUCUGUGAACAAGGGUCAUUGGAAAACUGGAUUGAAAAGAAUAGAAAAGAACGAAAGUAUCAUGACAUGGCAGAAAACAAAUUUUUACAAAUCCUGAAAGGAGUGGAAUAUAUUCAUUCUGAAGGGUUAAUUCAUCGAGACCUCAAACCUCAGAAUAUAUUCAUAUCACAUGAAGAUAAAAUAAAAAUAGGCGACUUCGGUCUUGUGACUUCUGCGGUGUGUGGGACUCUGACUGAGAACACAGGAACAUCAUCGUAUAUGGCACCAGAACAGUUCGGGGACAGAUAUGGAAAGGAAGUAGAUAUUUAUGCGCUGGGAUUAAUUUGGUUUGAAAUUCUUUCGGCGUUCAGUUGUUGUCAUGAGAAAAGUAAGGUAUGGCGUGAUGUUCGAGAUGGUAAACUUCCAGAGAGCUUCUCCAACCAAUUUGCAACGAAGGCACCCAUAAUCAAGAAGAUGCUUUCAAGAGACUCUUCAGGAAGAUACUCUGCAUCUGAAAUACUUGAGUUUUCAAAGUCUGUUGAUAAAGUCAACUUUCUUAAAACUCAUACUCGGUAAAUGCCCUUCUAAAUGGCUUUCAGACUGCGUUUAAAUCCAGAGUUCGAUGUCUGCUGAAACUGAUGAGCUAACAGUAAAUGUCAGAAGCAACAGCAAGACUUAGGAUGUGUCUUUUCCAUGGUGUUUUGCCUUCCUGCCAUUGAAGAGCUCGUCAGCCAAAAGGGUCACAUCACCAUUCACACCCAUCGGCUGCAGACCAGGACACCACACUUCUGCAAGCAAUCACUUGCGGUUUUUACCUGGAAACACAGGUUGUGGAUGAGCUGAGCUAUAUUGUACAAUAAGUACAAGAAGCUAAUCCUUGUCUGCUAGACUGUUAAAUUGAUGUGGUGCUAACUGGCCUGUGGCAAAUCCCUGUAUGCACGCUCUUAACAUGUGUUCCUCCAUUAUCAGUUGAGGUUCUCUGUUGCUUUCCAUGGAAGAAGUGCUGUCUUGGGGGAUGUGACUUGAACCUUUCUGAUUUGUUCAGUGACAUUUUUAAUAAUUACUAGAAUACUCCCAUUUUCUACCAAAAUUAGUCUUGGUUUUAAGAAUAGGUGUGGGUGACUCUUCAUUGAGUUUCAGUUCUUUAAGGUGAACUUUCUUACCUCUGAACACCUAACACCUUCAGUGGUCUAGAAUUAAAAAAUACAUACAAGCAUUCCUUGAAUUUAUAUGGUAAGCAUUCAGCUUCUAGGAAAUCUAGUUUAGGUUUGUUCUAAACUUUUGAAAACCUUAGGCUUUACAUUUUUUUUUUUUCCUGAAAGGAGCACUUAAGGUGCUCUUAAUACAGCAAAAUUCUCCAGAGUUUCUCAGUAGUAACCAUUCAAAAUCCUGUGCUGAGAGAGCACCUUAAACAUUCUCUCCCAUACUGCUAGGUUUUAAUCUCUUAUUGUAAUACUGAGUGUACUGAAUACCUUUGGUGGCAUAAAUGUCAGCUCGAAAAAAGGUAACAGCAGUUUGCCUGUUACUCUUCAGUUCCAUCCUUCAAAGAGUUUGGAUAUGCUUGGACUGGAAGGAGUGUGUGUGUGUGUGUGUGUGUGUGGUGGGGGGGAGCAGGGAGAAAAGGCAGGCACAUUAGUCCUUCAGAUGAUUGUCUUUUUGCUGCAUCUUGCCAAACUACUCAUUGCUGCUGAGUCUGCGUAACUUGAUAAAGGCAAAUGAGCAGAGAUUUCUAAGCAGAAAAAUAGGUACUGUAUGCUUUUUCUGAAAUGUUAAAUGGGUUAGAAGUGGGUGCUUGGUUAAAAGGAAAAAUAUAAGUGAAAGCACAGUAAUUUUUAUAUUCUUAUGGUAAUUACUGCUGAUCUACUACAAGUAUUUGUUGCUAAAUAAGAAUCUGAUUUUACAUCCUUUUGUAAGGUCUGAAGUUUUUUUCUCCUUAUCGUGAAUCACAAAUACAUAGUGUUUCACUAUGCUGGACUAAUUAAUAUUUUUUUUGCAUUGGUCAAGAUCUGCAAGAAAUGAUAUCCUGACACAGACAAAAUACCCCUAGUUCCACUUCCUCUUGUCUUUCACCCAUAAAACUACUCUUAUAAUAACAAAAUUGGCAUGUGGCAAACUUUGGCUGAAUAUCCCUUACAGUGCUUGGACGGAGCACCCUUAAGACCAUUACCUUCUUACUGUUACUUAACAUUGAGCUUGCCCCAGUAGUUUUUGAUACAAAUACUACAGAAAAAGUAUGCUUCAGCAGUACCUUUCCGUUAGUGAUUGUUUAAAGUAGCAACUGCUGUUCCCUAAAAAUAAAAGGUCUAUUAAAAUCUAUUUUUUUAUAUAAAACCACAAACCCAACACUAUGAUCUGGUACUAUUUAGUUAUGCAAAAUGCACACCUUUACAUACAGAGUAUUAGUUCAAAUAACAUCACUGUAAUGUUGAACAAGCACUUUUUUUUUCCCCACCAGGUCUAAGACAGUAAGGAAGAGAGUGAUGUUUAGUCAUCUCUGUAAGAUGAAAAAACCUGUUUUAACACAUUAUACAAGUGUAACUAGCCAAUAUUUAUUCCCAAACUUGAAUUUUAUUAUGAGCCGAUCUUGUUCAGUUGGGCAGGGCAUAACCAAAGACUGUGGAAGGCAUAACCUGCCUCUACUUCUGGUAGUUCAAUUUUAAAUGCAAAGUUUUAAUUCCUAUUAAAUUGUGCAUCAAGCAAAAAAUCUGUAAGGUGCUUCAGAAACGUGAGUUCAACCCGUCAAGUUAUUCUUCUGUAUACUUUGGUGUCAAUUCUUCAGUAUGGCACAGCUCCAAACUUUCUAAAAUAUAUUAUGCACUAUAU